CAAGCGGAACAAGAUUUAGGAGGCGCUUCCAGCUGCCACCAAGAGGGCGAGGCAAAAUAAGAGAGUGAUGCAAGCCCCUUCCUCCUCUCCACUUUUCUGCCCCGUAAAUCUCUCUCCCUCUCCCUCCCCCUCCCCUUGUCCUCAACCCAAGCGAGCUCCAAGGCUUAAAGUUCCCUUCUUUCCCCAUCUCUCCCUCGUCCUCUCCCUGAAAACCCCCUUCCCGAGGCAAACACAGCUUCCGUUCUCUUCGUCUGUCGAUGGCGUCGGCAAGGAAGCCAAGGUCGAGCCCCUCGGCAAGCCGUCCCCGGUCCCAACCCUGACAACAGAAAUGGGAGGGGCCUUAGCCCCGUUCUUCAAGUUCUUUAACCAUGGGACUGACUCCGAAGCCAAGGUCGGAGAAGAAUGCGAGCCGGAGGGCACCAGAGAACCCGCCGAGGAGGAGAAAGAAAAAGAAAAGGUCGUCGGCUUUCGGGUUUAGUACUAUGGUCCGAAGCCCGGUGAUUUGGCGUCGGGGAAUGAGAACGAGGUCGACGUGAAUAUCGGCGCAAUGUUGGGGACGAUGCUGACCGAGGAUGUUUGGAACCUGUUGUGAAGGAUGUUGUGGAGUUCUUGAAUAGUGCCGGCAAAGAUGGGGAUCGUGAUUUGAGGAAGGUUGCCGGGGAGUUCUUGGUUCUUUGCCGGCAAAGACGGGGGUUGUGAAGGAUAAGGAGGCCUUGAGUGGUGGGAGGGUACCAGAAAAAGCCGGUUGUCGAGGUGGGGACGGUUCUUUUUCCCAAGGUGCUCGGUCGGAUAUUGCGCGGCGGCCGCUGUUGUCAACGAGAAGGAUGUUCCGGAGGGUCGCGUGGCACUGACCCAGGUCUGUGAGCGUUCCUUCCUAAAGCUGAGCUAAUGAACAGAAUUAAUAGUUUCACCAGUUUGAAAGAUAAUGUCUGUGAGCGUUCCUUCCUAAAGCUGAGCUAAUGAACAGAAUUAAUAGUUUCACCAGUUUGAAAGAUAAUCAGGCCAUGUUAUGCGUAAAGAAGGAAACUCUUUCAGAAGGUACUGUUCGCAAGAUUUUUACAUAUCAAGCACAAGCUAGGAUAGGUGAGACUAACAGGAGUGGGUUACGGUAUAUCUCAAACAUAACUCAUUCCCAUGUCACACCUGGAAGCAAUGUAUCAAAAAUUGAUGAGAAGGUGAAAGUUCUCCUGGUGAAGUCAACGCUUCCUGGCAAAAUUUCCCUUAGGUCUUGAAAAUGAGCUGGACUAUUUCUUUUAAACAAAGAGGUAAUGUCCCUUUAAUCUUUGCCUAUUUUGCUUUUGCUUGAUGUGAUAUAUUUUUUUUUUUGGAUA